AUGGCGAGCAAUGGCGCCCCAGAGAAGAUUGAGACCCGUCUCUUCAUAAACGGCAAGUUCGUCGAAUCCUCAGACAAGAAGACAUUCCCUCUCUACGCGCCCUCGACCCGCGAGCACGUCGCCGAUGUCUUCGAAGCCACCGUCGCCGACACCAACGCCGCCGUCGCCGCCGCGAAGGCCGCCCAACCCGCCUGGGCCGCCCUCUCGCCGACGGAGCGCGGCGUGCCGAUGAAAAAGCUCGCGGCGCUCCUCCGCGACCCCGUGCACCACGCGCGCAUGGCGUACCUGGAGGCCGUCAGCAUGGGGCGGCCGCUGGCCAUGUACCACGACGGCGCGCACUGCGCGACCAAGUUCGAGACGUUCGCGACGACGGGCUGGGACGCGCAGGGCACCACCAGCCUGAACACACCGGGCGUGCUGGCCAUGACGUUCCGCCAGCCGUACGGGGUUGCGGCGGCGAUCAUUCCGUGGAAUGGCCCCGCGGUUUUUGUGGGCGAGAAGGUGGCGCCGAUGGUGGCGGCGGGGAAUGCGGUGGUGGUGAAGAGUAGUGAGAAGGCGCCGUUGACGACGGCAUACAUCUCGACGCUGAUCGACCAGGCCGGCUUCCCGCCGGGCGUCAUCAACGUGCUGCACGGCCACGGCCCGGUCUCAGGCGCGACGCUGUCGUCGCACAUGGACGUGCGCGUCAUCUCGUUCACGGGCUCGGGCCGCACGGGGCGGCUCAUCUGCGAAGCGGCAGCCAAAUCCAACCUCAAGAACGUGCACCUCGAGCUGGGCGGCAAGUCGCCGUCGCUGAUCUUCGACGACGCCGACCUCGACCGCGCCGCCGCCGAGACGCAGUUCAGCAUGUCGAUGAACACGGGCCAGGUCUGCAUGGCCAACAGCCGCAUCCUCGUGCAGGACACCGUCGCCGACGCCUUCAAGCAGAAGUUCCGCGACAGCUUUGCGGCGGUCCGCGUCGGCGCGUCGACCGACGACGGCGUGCAGAUGGGCCCGCUCGCCGACGAGGUGCAGUUCAAGACCGUCACGAAUUACAUCCAGCUGGCCAAGGAGGCCGGCGGCAAGCUGCUGCUCGACGCCGACGCGCAGCUGCCCAGCGAUGCUAAGGACAAGGGCUUCUUCGUCGGCCCGCACAUCUUCACCGACUUGCCCGAGGACUCGCGCCCCGCGCGCGAGGAGAUCUUCGGCCCCGUCGUCGUCAUCGGCGUCUUCAAGACGGAGGAGGAGGCGGUCAGGCGCGCUAAUGAUACCGAGUAUGGUCUGUACGCGUCCGUCUAUACCAAGGACGUUAGCCGUGCCAUCCGCGUGGCUAAGGCCCUCGAGAGCGGCACCGUUGGCGUCAAUUGCACGAGCCCGACUAUCGUGCAUGACAUGCCGUUUGGCGGGUACAAGGCUAGCGGGCUCGGGAGGGAGGGCAUUCACCACAGCUUGAACAACUUUUUGGAGGAGAAGACGGUUGUUGUGCGGAUUUGA